UCAAAAUUAGUUAGCAACUGCAUCUGCAAAAACGAAAGGAGGAGCAAAGUGGUCUCAGUAGCGAAUUGAUGAAUCCAUGAUCAGAUCACUCAAGACUUAAUCGCAAUCGAAACAAGUGUUUCUGAGUGACGAAGAUGCAAGAAAUCUCUACUGCUUCUGUGCUUUUCGCACUAAGAUUUGCUCAUAAUUACCGAAAAGGUACCACUUUUCUUCCCUCGCUCAACUUCAAGUUUUAUCCAUUCUUGUCAGCAUCAUUCCAUAGCCAAAUUUCCACAAACCCUAACCCUAACCCUCCUAAUCGGAGGCAACUACAGAAAUUAUUGUUAGAGAAAUCCAAAUUGGGUUUUGAUAAGCUCGAUGAUGCUCUUACUUUAUUCCAUCGCAUGGUCCGAAUGCAACCCCUGCCUUCUGUUAUCGACUUCACUCAGCUGUUAAGUAGUAUUGCCAAAAUGAAGCAUUAUUCCACUGUUAUUUCUCUGUUCCAAAAAAUGUGCUUGUUGGGUAUUUCGACUAAUGAAUAUACCCUCACUAUUGUAAUUAAUUGCCUUUGCCGCUUGAAUCGAGUGGAUUAUGGGUUUUCUGUCGUAGCUAGCUUCUUCAAACGUGGUUAUGUACCAUCUGUAUAUACUUUCAGCACUCUAAUGAAUGGCUUCAUUCUACAAGACAAGACUGGCAAGGCCAUGGAAUUGUUCAAUAAAUUGGUGAAAGAGGGAGAAAUCAAACCUAAUGAAGUUAUGUAUGGUACUAUCAUAAAUGGGCUUUCCAAGACGGGAAAUACUACAACUGCCAUAGGGAUUCUUAGGAGUAUGCAAAAAUGGAACUAUAAGCCUAAUGUUGUGAUGUAUAACACAAUUAUUGACAGUCUUUGCAAGGACAGAAAUGUAGAUGAUGCUUUGAGCCUCUUAGUGGAAAUGACCCAGCAGGAUGUUGCACCAGACGUGAUCACUUACAGCACUUUGAUUCAUGGAUUAUGUAAUUUAGGCCAAUGGGAGGAAGCAAAAAGAAUGUUGAGAGACAUGACAGACAAGAAUGUUUCUUUGAAUGUUCUGACCUUUACUACACUAAUAGAUGCACUUUGCAAAGAAGGCAUGGCAAAAGAAGCAGAGGUUGUUCUUGAAGUCAUGGUCCAAAGAGGUGUUUGUCCUGAUGCAGUCACAUAUGGUGCAUUGAUGGAUGGUUAUUUUUUGCAAGGCCAAAUGGACAAAGCAAUAGGAGUCUUUCAUUCCAUGGUGGAUAAGGGCAUUGAGCCUAGCACUAUAAGCUAUAACAUUUUGAUCAAUGGAUAUUGCAAGAAUAUGAAAAUUGAAGAGGCCAUGAAUGUUUUCCGUGAAAUGCCUCGUAAAGGAUUGAAACCCACAAUUGGUACUUACAAUACUGUGUUGCAGGGAUUGUUUGGGGUUGGUAGGUGUUCUACUGCUCAAGCACUUCUGAAUGAGAUGCAAGCUAAUGGUCAGACUCCAGAUUAUUAUACUUAUUGUGUCCUAUUGGAUGGAUUAUCCAAGAAUGGCCGUAUUGAUGAAGCAUUGUUGUUGUUUCAGGAGCUAGAACGCAGUGGCAUAAAUCCUGAUAUUACUAUGCACAAUAUUUUAAUUGAUAGAUUUUGCAAAGAUGGGAAGCUUGAGAUGGCAAAGAAUCUAUUUGGUAAGCUUCAUUCUAAAGGUUUGCGGCCUAAUGUUAAUGCUUAUACUAUAACGAUAGGUGGAUUUUGUGAACAAGGGCUUUUGGGUGAGGCAAAAGAGUUGCUGAUGUCAAUGGAAGAGACUGGUUGUUUGCCGAAUUAUGCAACUUACAAUGUUAUGGUCCGUGGAUUCCUUAAAGCAAAUGACUACAGUGAAGCAAAUAUACUUGUGGACAAAAUGAUUGGGAGAGGCUUUUCAGCAGAUGCAUCUACUUUGGCUACAGUGGUGGAUCUACUCUCAGAUAAAGGUCAAGAUCAUACUCUUUUUCAUAUGAUUAAAAAAUUGGUUCCUCGUGAUAACACCGAAGGAAUUUGUUAAGCUAUAAACACGGAUGCUAUAUUUGGUGGUCAUAUGUCUGCCGAGAACUUGCUAGGGAUUGUUUGGGGUUGGUAGGUGUUCCACUACUCAAGGGCUUCUGAAUGAGAUGCAAGCUCAGGGUCAGCAUCCAGAUUUUUACACUAAUUGUGUAUUACUGGAUGGAUUAUCCAAGAAUGGUCGAAUUGAUAAAGCAUAGUUGUUGUUUCAAGAGCUAGAAUGCAGUGGCAUUAAUCCUGAUAUUACUAUGCACAAUAUUUUAAUUCAUAGAUUUUGCAAAGAUGGGAAGCUUGAGAUGGCAAAGAAUCUAUUUGUGAAGCAAAUAUAGUUUUGGAGAAAAUGAUUGGGAGGGGCUUUUCAGCAGAUGCAUAUACUUUGGCUACUGUAGUGGAUCUACUCUCAGAUAAUUGUCAAGAUCAUACUCUCUUUCAUAUGAUUAAAAAAUUGGUUCCCUGGGAUAACACCUAAGGAAUUUGUUAAGCUAUCAACACGGAUGCUAU